AUGAACUACGCCAAGAAUCACUUGGCAACUGAGCCGAUUGGUUGUUUCUGGAGGGAAUGAUUCCAUAAAUCGAACAGCCCUGACCCCCGAAUUCAUGUUGCAUCUUGGACGUUCCAUCAUCUUCAUCCAUACUUGAGUCUAGUGAGAAGAUUUCGCAUAGGUAUUCGGUCAUGAGUUCUCCGGCGACUGGUCUCCUUCCUGGAGCGCACUGGGCUGGUCAGAACCUACCAGAAGAGGACGCGGACAACGACUGGGAUUCCGAUAUCGAGAGCUCGACUGCCUCGAUCAAGUCGAGUAUCCUUCAAUAUCGUAUCAUCAACGGCCGAACUUAUCACAGUGAUUCCGUGACCGAUACAUCGUAUUGGGGCCCCAAUGAUGAGAAGCAGAACGAGAUGCUGGAUAUCUUCCAUCAUGCAAUGACCGUUGCCUUGGAUGGCGACCUUUAUAAGGCUCCCCUUACAAAGGAUCCCAAGAAUGCGCUUGAUAUUGGCACAGGCACAGGAUUGUGGGCAAUCGAUUUCGCUGAGAAAUUUCCGGAAUGUAGUGUAAUUGGCACUGAUAUAUCCCCUAUUCAACCCAGAUGGGUGCCUCCCAACCUACAGUUCGAUGUCGACGACUAUAAUAAGGAAUGGACAUAUACGGCUAACUUCUUUGACUUCAUCCACAUUCGCUGGCUUACCGGCACCGUUAAGGACUGGCAAGUCUUGUAUAAAGAGGCCUACCGGUGCUGCAAGCCGGGCGGUUGGAUUGAGCAUAUGGAUGCGUCGGGUGCUGUCUGGUCAGACGACGGUACGGUAGAGGACGACAUGGCUAUUGGCCAGUGGGGUAAGAUCUGGCAGGAAGCUGGACGACGAUUGGGGACUCCGCUCGAUGUUUUCGAAAAGAAUAUCCAGGAAGAGGGUAUGAAGGAGGCUGGCUUCGUGAACAUUUCGAAAAAGACCUACCCGAUUCCUCUGUCGCCCUGGAGUAAAGAUAAGAAGUUGAGAGAUGUCGGUCUCUACUUCUAUGCUGGCAUGAACCAAGACCUUGAGGGUGCCACUCAGUUUAUUUUCGGCAAUGUUAUGGGUUGGACCAAGGAGGAGAUUACUGCCUACAUUGCUAAACUAAAACGGGAGAUCAAAAACCUGAAUAUUCAUGGGUACUUCCCGUGCCGCGUGGUGUACGCGCAGAAGCCGCUCGAUGCUUGAGCCUUGAGGUGCGGCUGGGCAAGAUCACCGACCCGAGCUGGUUAUUCUACCACAAUAGGCGGUUGGAUUGGGACAAGCUUUCAUACCUCUACCUUUUCCUAUAAGAGAAUAGUCUGACAUGUGUCACGCACGUGGAUCUAGCUGCCGUGGCACACAAAUAAUCUGACGUUGUUGAUAAAUAGGUAACUAAAGAUGAAGAAGAAAGAGGAAACUAGU